UAGUGACACAAUGAUAACUAAUUUCUAAUCACACACCACCAUUCGUCCUUAAACACUUGUGGAUGUAAUGCCAAGUUCAAAAAUAUGAGAAACCGGGAAAUAUUUUACUAUAAUUUGUUUUGUUGUUAAAAAAGUCGCAUUAGCCAUUUUAACUUUCAUCAGAAAUUAUGUAUGGUAAUGUUCAUAAUGCCGCCAUGCCCACUCCGGCUACACCAGCUGGGGGCUGCCCUCCUCGCAUGCAGUACCCAGGAGUAGGAGCACAACCCAUUUUUAAUCCGCCGGUGCCAUUAACCACGCCCAUUUUUGGAGGAAUUUUUCCAGGGAAAAUGAUUUUUAUCAAUGGAGUCCCAAAUCCCAAUGCACAGAGGUUCACCAUAAACUUUGUGUGUGGUCUCUACGAAGGAAGUGACAUUGCUCUCCACUGUGACGUCCGUUUUAAAGUUGACGGUGAUUAUAAUGUCGUCCUGAGAAAUUCCUGCCAGGGUGGAAGCUGGGGAGCAGAAGAAAGACAAAGUCCGUACUUUCCUUUCAUGCCAAACGCCAACUUCGACAUGCUUAUCAUGGUGGAACAUGACAAAUUUAAGAUUGCCGUGAACAAUCAACACUUUCUUGAGUUUACACAUCGACUGCAGCCGUUGAACAAAAUCGAUGCUCUUCAGGUUAAGGGCGACAUCCAACUACUUCAAGUCCGCUUCCAAUAAUGACGUCAUUAUCACCCAUUCACACAGAAAAUUUUUUGCAGCGCAUCGAUAUCUGUUUAAUUUGUGACAGCAUUGCAUAUAUCUAUCAAUACUAAUCAACGAAUUAAAAAAAACACAAAACAUAUCCAUUCGUCUCCGUGAAGCCUACGUUACGUUAAUUGGUUGCUUGUUUGUAAUUUUUGUUUCAAAUAAAAUGAUGUUCAGGUU